AAAGUAAGCAGCGAAGAACUUUCUCAAGAAAUAGUAAACAAAUCUUCAACACGUGCAGUUUUCUAGUUUUGUUUAUCCGAAUCGAAUUGUUUGAUUGCUUUAAUUUAAGUUUAUCCAUGAUUUACAAGUAAAAUGCCUCAACCUAGCAAAAUUUUUAUUAGUUAUCGUGCUCUCGGAUUUGUUAGCAAUCAUGUUCCUUUAAAUUUACGAUAUAUCACUUCUCGAAAAGAAAGUCUUGUGGUCACGGCUGUCGGCAAAUCUUUUCAUACUUAUGGAUGUUCCAAGUUGAACUUGUUGAGUGUUAGUGGGCAACAUUCUGAAGAAAUUACUUACCUUACCUCCGACUCUUAUCUUGUUUUCAGUGCCUGUAAGAACGUCAUUUAUGCAUGGCGAAGAGGGAAUGAGUUGAAACAUACUUACAUAGGUCCUGAAAAAAAUGUCUCUUUGCUUCUUCCUUUUGGGCCUCAUUUAAUUGCAAUUUAUGAAGAUAACACUUUAAUUUUGUGGAAUAUUAAGAGUGAAGAAAAUAGUUUGGAAAUACCUUUUGGUAGCAAUACCCAAAUUUCUGCUAUUAUUCAUCCGAGUACUUACCUAAAUAAAAUUCUUAUUGGAUGCCGUGAUGGUAGGCUUGAGAUCUGGAAUUUAAGGACUACUAAACUUAUUUACACAUUUGAAGGAUGGGGAUCUCCAGUCACAGUUUUAGAGCAAGCACCAAAGCUGGAUACUGUUGCUAUUGGUCUAGAAUCAGGAGAUAUCUAUGUUCACAAUAUAAAAGUUGAUGAAACUGUUAUGAAGUUCACACAAGACUGGGGUGCAGUUACAGCUAUAUCUUUUCGAACAGAUGGGCCACCAAUUAUGGCUACUGCUAGUCCAAUGGGGCACAUUGCAGUUUGGGAUCUUGACAAAAGACGUUUGCACAGUGAAAUAAGAGAUGCUCACAGGGGUUGUGUGUCUGGAAUGAAGUUUCUUCCCUUUGAACCACUACUUAUCACUUCUUCGAGUGAUAACUCUAUAAAGAUGUGGAUAUUUGAUCUCCCAGAUGAAGGUGGUCGACUGUUACGAUUAAGAGAAGGUCACAGUAGCCCUCCUACUAAGAUUCAGUUUUACGGAGCCAAUGGAAAAGAUAUAUUAAGUGCUGGUCUAGAUUCAACUUUAAGAUCGUUCUCUACUGUUGCUGAUAAUCUAAAUAAAAGUCUUGGCCAAGCAUCUUUCAACAGAAAAGCAGCAAAAAAGAAGGGAGUUAGAAAUGAUCCCAAUAAGAUGUUGCCUGUAAUUGAUUUUGUAUCAGAAACUACCAGAGAAAAGGAUUGGGAUAAUGUUGCUGCUAUUCACCGCCAUUCCAAAAUAGUAACAACUUGGUCCUUUGAUAGAAGCUGUAUGGGAGAACAUAAACCAAUGCAUGAACGGUUCAAAGGAAUGAAACAUGUUGAAGCUUUGUGCCUUACAAUCAGUUCUUGUGGAAAUUUUGUGUUAAUUGGUUAUAACACUGGUCACUUAGAUAAAUUCAAUAUACAAUCUGGUUUAUAUCGAGGCUCCUUUGGAAAAGAUACUGCUCAUGAGAAAAGUGUGAGGGGUAUUGCUCUUGAUGGUUUUAAUCAACUUGUGGUAUCUGGUGGUGCUGAUAAAGUCCUUAAGUUUUGGAAAUUCAAAGAUCAUUCUCUCUUAUCAAUACUUGAAACCAACUAUGGUGUUGCUAAAAUUAUAUCUCACAAAGAAAGUGCUAUGCUUGCUGUUGCACUGGAUAGUUUUUCAGUUAUCAUUGUUGAUAUUGAAUCUAAAAGAAUAGUUAGGGUUUUUGAAGAUGAUGGUGGUAGCGUCACUGAUAUGUCAUUUAGUCAUGAUUGUAGAUGGUUAAUUGUUGCAAGAUCAGACUCCUCUGUGAAAACAUGGGAUAUCCCUUCAGGCAGGUGUAUUGACUGGUUCAUAGUUUCACCUAUUUGUGUAAGUCUCGCUUUUUCACCAACAAGUGAAUUUCUUGCUACAGCACAUGCUGGUAACCUUGGUAUAUAUUUGUGGGCUAAUUCGACGUUAUUUGAUAAUGUUUCCCUUCACCCAUUACCUGACUCGUAUGAUCCUUUAUUGUUUGAUCUUCCUCAAAAUAAUGUUCAAGAAAUCGAUGGCUCUGAAAUGGUUGAAAGUAGUUCUACUGAUAUGGAUGAAGAUUAUCCAGAAUUUAUGUCACCUACCCAAUUUUCUGAUCAUCUUGUUACUUUAUCAAUGUUACCAAACUCUCAAUGGUUAAAUCUCUUGGACCUAGAUAUUAUCAAGCGUCGAAACAAACCAAAAGAGCCCAUUCAAAUUCCCAAAAAUGCACCGUUUUUUCUACCAGUUGUAUCAGGUUUGAAUCCAACAUUUCUAGUUGAUGAUAAAGAUAAAAAGGAGAAGGAUAAUUCUAAAAUUCUCCGUUUAAUGCAACAUAAGUCAGAAUUUUCUACUUUGCUAGAAACAGCUGAUGAUUUAGAGAAAUAUAAAGAAGUUUUUAAUAAGCUUAAAACUUUAUCGCCUUCCAACAUUGAUGUUGAAAUUCGUUGUUUAAGCCCUGAAAAUGGAGGUUCUAUUCAUCUGAUGGAAUCCUUCCUAAGAAUGAUUAAUGCCAUGAUUAAAACAAAUUUUGAUUUCGAACUGACCAACUCCUACUCAGCAUUAUUCCUUCAGAUUCACUAUGAAAUGGUUGGAAAAGAAAACAGCUUAAGGGAAAUUUUGAAAGAAAUUUCUGAAUCUUCUAAAGUGUGGGAAUCUUUGCAGGAGAAAAUGAACUAUAUUUUAUGCAUUGGAAACUAUGCCAUGAGUGCUGUAUUUUAAUUCACUCGUUCUCUGUCUUUCAUGAAAAUGUUAUCAUCGUCAUCUGAGUCAUAGGGGAAAAAAUAUUAAAGUAUGUUAUGUUGGAGUACUACUUUUCGUGUAAAUAGUGUAUUUAUUUUUGAAUAAAUGUUUUAUUACAGA